CUAUGUGUCCGAUUGUUCUCUCUCAAGCACUGCUGCCUUCGUUCUUGAAAGAGUGCUCUGUGUUUUGGUUUCCUUCAGGCUUGUAUAAUAUGUGGCAGGUCAAGGAAGUUUUUCGUAACUCUGGACGUCGAUAUACAUCCCCUGUCAAUAUCAGUGAGUUGUCGAUAACUGUGACUUGUGUGUGCCUGACGAAAUUGGUCACGUGGGAUAUCCCGAUGUCAAUGUGACUGAGCUUGCGGAGCGAAUGGAUCGCUUCUCAGACCCUCGUGAAGAUGGAGGCUCAACGGGGGUGCCCAUCUCCAACGUUGUGGAUCAACAGGAAUACACUUCAAUGAGAGGUGCGUGGAGUGUGCAAAGUUUUUUCGACUUUCAUUAGUAGGAGAACUUUCCUCCAAGCACGUGCUGAGCUCCGUCCCUUUGAAUGUCCUCUUAGCCCUCUCUCUUUUAUUGUUGAGAAAGGCAAAUGGCAAGUAGUGGGUCUCAACUACCAAGCACACUUGAUGGAAGAUCAGAAAGUAUGGGAAAAACUUCCACCAUUCACAUUUGCAUCGCCCGAUCCAGACCUCUUUAAGGGUUUCCUGGUCGCCGGACAUGGCGGUCUCAUUUGUGCGGAGGUAGGGAAUUCCGAUGGGCCUGACAAGCUCGUAUUAUAUAAUCCUUUGACAAUGAAAACACUUUUACUGCCUUCUUUGAUUGCUCCACGACACCCUGUUGCCCUGUCGUUGCAUGUGACCCGAAGUACGAAACGGGACACGUACAUCCCAAGCUUUCGGGUUAUCGCUGUGGGUAGUGCGGCGAAUGGAACUGAGAGACUCUCAAGGAAAACCGAAGUGUAUGACUCUGCUGAAGGUAAGUGGAAAGUCGCCGGAGAUGUUCCUGGAGCCGACUUCUCCAUAAAUGAAUAUCAGACCGGAGUCUUCUGUGAGAGCCUGAAUCUGCUGUUGUGUGUUGGUUUCAUGAUCGACGGUAGAAAAGGCAUUCUUGCCUUCGAUGUGGUACAGUGCAGAUGGCGCGAAAAUUGGGUUUGUCCGUUGCAUGAGCUGCCUGCAGACAAUGAAGCACCCACGUUCGUCCAUUUCUCCAUUGCAGUGCUUGUGGAGUGCAGUGGCGUGAUCUACCUGUUUUCAGAACAUGAGAGAAAUAAAAAAGUUUCCCAUUGCAUCGACAGACUGGAUUUGGACAGUGCAGGAGGAUACACAUGGACGAGGAAAGUGACACGCGAGAGACAGAGAAAUCAAGCUCUGCUCGUGUAUCCAGAAUUUACGUGUGUCCCUCUGAAGGACCACAAGCUGUGCAUUUUCAACACGAUUGAGCGAUCGGGGGUUGUGUAUGACAUGCAAGAUGAUCCCAUUGACCCUAGUAAGUACGAGGCGUUGCCAGCACCUCCUGCAUUAGGUAAUAAAACUCUGUUUCACAGUCUCAACCCUAUUACUUAUGCAUUUGAACCGAGCUUCGUAGUCGAUUUACCUGAAAACUAACCCUCCGUGAUUUUGAAUUCAAAUCGAUUUGCAUCUUUUUUUUAAGUAAUUUACUUGACUAGUUAACCCAGAAAAAUUUAAAUGAACCCAAUAAAACCCACAAAACCAAAUCUUAAUUGAAUAAGACACAGGUUUGCGAGGAGCUGCAAAGUUUAGGGUUCUAACGGAGCUCUGACCGAUUUCUAAUGGCUGACGUAUAUCACACGACGUCUUCUAACGGAUCUCUGACGGCUAAUGUAUUUCACAUGAAGUCUUCUGUGUGCGUGCCACUUUAAGUACAUUGCUGUGGUUGUCGAAUGGAGAGUUUUGAAGCAGAUGUCUCGCCCACCCAUGGUUGAUGGUAAGUCUCGCAUGUUUCUACACUAACAGGCACUGCCGCGUUAAUUUGUGUCAGCGUGAUUUGUGUUGUGAUUUCCUUCAGGCUAAUGUAAUGUGUCGCAAGUCUAGGAGGUUUUCGUAACUCCGGACGUCGACAUACAUCCCCUGUGAACAUUAGUUAGUUGUCGAUAACUGUGACUCGGGUGUGCCGGACGAAAUUGGUCACGUGGGACAUCCUGAUGACAAUGUGACCGAGCUUGCGGAGCGAAUGGAUCGCGUCUCAGUCCCUCGUGCAGAUGGGGGGCAACGGAGGUACACAUCUCCAACGUCGGGUAUCAACAGGAAUACACCUCAAUUAGAGGUGCAAGUCCUCAUUAAGGCUUGAACUUAUUGAAUGACAUGCCACCGGAAGUUCUGGAUUAUAUUUUAGAGUUUUCUCUUUUUCAAUACUCUUCCAGGUGCAUGGAGUGUGCCAAGUUUUUCCGACUUUCAUUAGUCGGAGAACUUUCCUCCAAGCACGUGCUGAGCUCCGUCCCUUUGAAUGUCCUCUUAGCCCUCUCUCUUUUAUUGUUGAGAAAGGCAAUUGGCAAGCAGUGGGGCUCGACAACCAAGCACAUUUGAUGGAAGACCAGAAGUAUGGGAAAAACUUCCACCAUUCACAUUUGCAUCGCUCGAUCCAGAUCUCUUGAAGGGCCUCCUGGUCGACGGACAUGGCAGUUUCAUUUGCGAGGAAGUAGGAAAUGCUGACGAACCAGAGGACCUCUUACAAAUCCCACACAAAGUCCCCCAUUGCAUCGACAGACUGGAUUGGGACAGUGCAGGAGCAUACACAUGGCGGAGGAAUUUGACACGCCAGAGAUAGAGAGAUCAAGCUCUGUUCGUGUAUUCUGAAGUAACAUGUGUCCCUCUGAAGGACCAGUUGUGCAUCUUUAACACGGUUGACCGACCAGCGGUUGUGAAUUACAUGCUGGAUGAUCCCAUCUACCGUAAUAGGUAUGAGAUGUUGCGGGCACCUCCUGCGUAAGGGAAUAGAACUCUGUUACGCAGCCUCAACCCUAUUACGUAUGCUCUCGAACUGAGCGUCGUAGUUGUUUUACCUGAGGAGCAGCUCUCGGUGAUUUUGAAUUAAAAGCAAUUUAUAAUUUUUUCCAGAAGGAUCCGUCAGACAAGUUACACUGCGAAGUUGUGCCCUGGGAGAACCUUUUUUGCAGUAUUGAAACUCUCGAUCGUUUCUUGAA